ACAAUUUUAGGAGAGUGAGAUAUAUGGUGUUUUUUGCACCAUUGUGUAUAUGCUCUGGAGUGGACUAAAGAGCUAAAGAAAGAAGCGUGAAGAAAGGAACAAGAAUUUGAGCAGCUGGAAUUCAUGGACAUCAGUUUUCUUCAUUGCUAAGAUGAGGGCUACUCCGUUAAAUCUCGAUCUAGUUUAGUACUACCAUUAUGGAAAGUUUAGUUUCAAAACAUGAUCCGUCUUUGUGAAUCGAGUCUGUUUGAGGGUCUUGCUUUUUCAUUAUUGAUAUUGAUUGUUAAACCGGAAAUAGGAUAAUAGAGGAUUCAACGGUUAUGUGAAAUGGUUGAUUUUAGGGACUGCUAUAUAUAUGUAUAUAUAUAUAGUUAUAUAGUAAGGACUAUGUGACGAGUGCGGGGGUUCAGAGAUAUCUGAGCUAGUGACGCAGAUGUUUGGUGUUGUGCGAGGGCCCAGAGAUGUCUGAGCUAGUGAUGCAGAUGUUUGGUGUUGUGCGGGGGCCCAGAGAUGUCUGAGCUAGCGACGCAGAUGAUGUUAGUGCGGGGGUACAUAGACAGACUGUACUAUCGACACAGCGGGUAUGUAUAUCUUUAUGAGGAAAUGCAUGGUGCAGAGAGUAGCUACGCAUUAAGCGCACGGGUUGUAGGGACUACUUCUCUAGCCACAUAUUAAUUGUUCUGUGUGGUGUAGUAGGCACCGUGUUUGUUUCAUGCUAGAGCUAGGCCUACAUAGUUGUAGUGCUAUAAACUCAGUCAGUGGUUUGCGGUUUAGCAUCUCAUACCUCGCUGGGCAACUCCCUUGUUGCUCACCCCUCCUUUCUUCCUCCUUUCAGGUUAGACUAUCGACCAGGAGUGAUUACAUCGGUUUGGUGCUUUGGGUGCUAUUGGGCUUUUGGGCUUUUGAUGUUUCCGCUUAUUUACACAUUUCGGACUUUCGGCCUUGUUUGGUUAUUUAUAUUUUAGACAUCUAUUUUAUUUACUGGAUUUCCAGCGUGGACGUUGACUUUUAAAUAUUUAUAAAUGGAGAUUUCAGAUAUUAUUAUUUAUCAUAUUAUUUUUAUUAUUUCGAAAGUGACAGGUGUCACAAUUUUAGUAUCAGAGCUAUUUAUUUAUCGUAAUAUUUUAUUCUGUAAAUCGGGGUGUUACAACACUCUUCCGUAAAAAACAUCUAAAUUAUUUUUUUAAUAAUUAUAUCAAAUUUUAGUAACUACUGGACACAUAAAUACCAAAUUCGCGAGUAUUAGUGGAAAUUAAUUAAUUUUAAAAUGAAGCAACUAUAACUGUUUUUUGUUAUAAUGAAUUUGGUUAGUUAAAAAAACUGGUUGCAAAGAGCUCCCAAACAAUAUUCAAAACGGAAAUGAAUUUUCAACAAAAAUACGUUCGUAUUAUGAAAAAGGCACAAAACGGAAACUAACAUCAUGCAAACUCCUUUUUAACAACAUGCAAACUAUAUUUCUAUAUUAAGUCGAUUGCCCUAUUUAUUACCAAAUGGGGAAGGAGUUUGCAAACAAAUAAAACAAAUGAAGAUAGAUGUGAGCAAACGCCCACCCCCGUUUCAGUUGUUUUCCUCUAUUUAUCGCACCAACAAACUAACCAAAGUGUAUUAAUUAACGAGUAAAACUGUUUCAAAAUUUUUUUUGUACUAAUAAAACCCAGAAGUUACAAGAUUUGAGAAAACAAAACACAAUUAAGAGUUAAGACGCAAUAACUCAUAAAUCUAGAAAGAGGAUGAAUCCCAAAACCCUUGUUAUGAAUCUUCUCAUCCUUCUCCUUGUACAAAUCUCAAACUUAUCAGUAGUUGUAAACUCCUUAGAAGCGUACCACCAACAAUACUACCACAGAUCAGAGUUUAGGGUACCGCCAAAUUCGGUUGUACGAAUCGUCAUCUCCAAUGAUCUGUUUGGUCUAAAGAAUAAUGGAAAUGCAGGUUUUGUAUGCACAAACGGUAAUGGGGUAUGGAGGAAAAGCAAACCAGGAGACCGGUACGUUGUGGCCCAAUUCAAGUACGACGGUAAGAGGAGGCAAGCUUCCACGCAUUGUCAUCUCCGGUCCAGAUUUGGAUUUGUGAAUUUUCCGGUUAAUAUUAAUCCGGACACAUCUGCUUAUUGUUACCCUAGCUACGUAUGUGGUUACUCAGUUCGAAAAGAUGGGGUUUAUUACAAACCUGAGAUGAAGCUUUAUCCAUGGACGAGACAGAAGUAAUGUUAUAUAUAUAUAUAUAUAUAAUGAUGAUGCCAAUGUUUCAUGUACCGGUUCGUAAAAUUAGAUUCGCGCACUUACGUAGAGAAAAAGCACUUGCAUAUAGCCCGUCAAUGUUUUUAAUUCCGUCAUGAAAUGUUAUCAAUCAGACGAAAUAUUUUUCAGAACUGUAUCGGUGAUGUAGUAGUAGUAAAAAGAAAAACAAAAGACACUUGUAGGUGUAAUUAUUUUAAGAAUUUUAUAUUAUUUCUUCUAUCUUUCGUUACAUAAAACUUAGUUAACAGACUGAGUUCUUUUGUAUGAUCUGCCAAUUAAUUGGGAAAACAAAUUGGAGUACGGUUUGGUAACCGAAAUAGAGACACCUUGGCUAAUUAAUUACAUAUCUUUUAAUUAUGAGUUACAUAUCUUUUUAGUUUAUUAUUUGAAAAAAAAAAGGCUAAACGAACCAUUUUGAAAAUGCUUUGUGCUAGUAUACCUUUGAUUAUAAAACUUGCCCCAAUAUAUCUUUGAUUAAUUAUUAUCCGGAAUUAAUCUUAUAACUAAUUAAGUUUACAUAUUAAUAUAGUUUUUAAUAUAUUAAUAAACCAACCAAAUUUGUUUACAAGUAUUUAAAACAAAUAAAAUAUAAGAAAUCAAAAUCUUAAUAACAUAUAAAAAAAUCAAAGCCCAAUUAUUCCAAUUAAUUUUCUUUUGAUUAGAAACUGAUGGAUUUCAUAAUUCACCAAGAAAUAGGGGUACGGAAUUUAUGAUUACUUGUAUAAAAAAAUUAAGAAAAGUUGUAUAUAUCGAUGAUUAUGUAUGAACGAUGUAUAUAUGAUUGAUAAUGUGAGUAGAAAAAGAAGGUGCAGAGGUAUUGAGACUAUAAGUUUCAAUCUACAACUGAAUCAUUUUCUUCUUCCUCGUUGUUCUCUUUUUAUAGGUAUUGGCAAGAUGGAUCGUAACGGUGGCAAGAUCUCCGGUGAGUUUCAGGUGCUUUUAUGAUCGUCUUGAAUGUUUACUUUCUAUUGCGCUCUGGUUUGAUUAUUUUAGUUCUGCGUGGGCCACCUCCUCAGCUUGGGAUGGGCACUUGACGUUUGUGGGUCUGCUGUCUUCUUUUGGGCCUUAGUGGCAUCAGGUCGAUUACUUGGACCAGGUCUGGAGUGUGUGAAUUCUUCCUCUAACAAUAGCCCCUUGAACAACUGGAGUGUUUCAGGCUGUUAUCCAGGUCAAAUGUUGAUUCCGAGCUGGAUGUCACGUUCGAGGUCAUCGGUGCAAGAUCAUUCUAGGACCCGGUUCAACAUUCCGAUUUUCUAUCCUUAAUUGUUGAUUUUACCAUGGAUUUGAUAUAAAUCAAAGGUUUGAUUUUCAUUUCUUAGGAACCAAAACGUUUUGAAAAAGAAAAUUAUUUCUUUCCUUGGCUUAAGAAGCAUUAGACUCUUUAUUUUCCCUGAAUUGCCUUCAUUACAUCGUUUCAAGAGGAAGAGAUGUUAUUUCAACUGAUGUAGGUAACUUUUUCUUUUACAUUCUUCCACUUGUCUCAUCUCUGUUUUCAUCUUUUUCCACUUCUUUUUUCGAUGGCGCCUCUGAUCAGAAGAAAAUCAAGGAGGGUCCCCCUGGCUUUGUCUCCUAGCAAUUCCGAUGAUUCAACAUAUAACGAUGGGUUCAUGUCUUGAGCCCGCCUUCUUCUGCCAUUAUUUCAUCUUUCGGGAAUGUCGGUUUAGUUGGCCAUUCUUCUGCCCUGGUGCCCGGGCUCCGGUAUCAGGAGCAACGUUUUUUGUUCCCAUUGGGGAUUGCAAAACUUGACUUGGUUUGGUCCCUUGUCUCCUGGUAUUCUUGGCUCCGAAAACUGUCGGUAUAUCGGAGUCGAUUCAGGACUUGAGAGAGUCACUUGAGAUUCUUAUAGUGACAAUUUUACUUUUCCUACUGGGGAUUCCAUGCAUUGGUUAGCGCCUCCAGGGUAUUUCACAAUGUAUGCAGCCUUCUUGAAAAAGUGUAACCUUUGGUUCCUUCUUCUCGCCAUCCUGUUCAAAUACUACCAUAGACAUGAUAAGCCGUUGAGGCUUAGUGGAUCUGAACCAUCAUUGUCCUUUUUGUUUUAUCCUGUGAGAUUGGGCAGGUGGGCAGGUGGGCAGGACGUGGAGCUACAGAUACUUGAGGCCAUCACCACCUUUAGGUCAAUUUGCUAAAGCCCGGUAUGUAUGAUAUCGUUGGUUAUCCCAUGAUAAUAAUUUCCCCACUAUUUUGAAUAGAAACUGGGAAAGCAGGUAUUUCUUCGUCAAGAUCGACGAGAACUCCGUCCCCGAGUUAAUCGUUUUAGUUCUCAGGGUUAUAUGCUCUAUAGGCAUCUUAUCCUUGAACGACAUCGAUUGAAACCGAGAUGGUGCAACUUGUGAUUGGCAAAUUUAAGGAAAUUGCCCCUUGUACUUGGAGUUCAUUUACUCCUAUUGGGAUCACAACCAUUUUUGACAUUCUCUCUGAUGAGCGGAAUUCCAGCUGCUUGUCAAUUUUUGUGUUUAUUUGUUUUUGAUUGUCUGAUACUUUGUGAUUCGGGAAUUUGAGCUUGUCUAGUGGAGAUCAGCGAGGCUCAUGUUCUAGGUCUCGACAUCAGCCGCUUGUUCUCUGAAGUAGUGAGAGGGAAGCUUCUGCAUCAGCUAAGAGGACCAUAACGGAUUUGGAUUGGACCCCGUUUUGAUGAUGAUGAGUCAUGUUCUCGGACAAGGGAGUUUUCUAUGUCAUUUGAUUUUCCGGGGGACACAUCCUUUUCUGAGGACCGUUCCUCUAGCAUUGAGAUAAACCAGAGUUUUCGCCUGGCUGGCAAUCUGGUGGAUAAGUUCGAGCACUCUGUGUAGAGCCAUGUCUAGCGAGGCAUAUGUCGGACCAACGCUCGCGCAUAUGAUCUUGGUGAAUCGACUCCGCACGUACAAUGAAUGUGCGCUCCUUUAUGAGAGAGAAAGAAGGUUCUGAUUUGGAAAAUUCCACCAACCUCGAUCGUAUUGCACUGAAGAUAGCACAUGAGAGGGGAAAGAGUUGACUCACUGUUCAUCAGAGCUGAGUUUCAGUUUGUGAAAGUUGAAGAUCGGGGAAGAGGCCAAGAUGAUUGUCUUAAGGAGUUGGAAGCUCAACGUUCCACCCUUCGUUCUCAACUGAAAAUCACACUUGGAUCUUUGUCAGUGUCUAAGUCACACUCUCGUGCUAUUCUAAUCACUAUAGAAAAAAAAGCAGUAAGAUCAAUCUUCGUGAAGAAUAUAAUAAGAUAAAUCCUAGCAAUUCAAUUAGCAGUUCAUCAUAAGCCACUUAUAAUCUCUAAAUCUAACAAUAUGCAUAUUCAGACAUGUUUAAAGAAACAUAAAUCAAAGACUAAAUAGAAAUCAUAACUAAAUCCACAGGAAAUCCAAGAAGACUCCAAAAGGAGUUAUUCUCUUCUCUCCUUCUCUCAAAUCAAGCGUAGCCUAAAUAGUGGCUGGAAAAAAAAUAUAAAUAGGUUAGGCCAUGUCCUUAGCUCUUUUGUAAAUAAGGGACACUUCUGGGCCACUUUGCAAUUCUUGGAACGUCACUAAAACUUUUUGGAAAAUUGGUUAGGAUGGGUGUAGUUCGACGCCCAUGUGGUGUCGCUCAAUGCCCUUCAAUUUUCUUGAAUUCUCGACAGUUUCCUCUCGAGCGUCAUACGAACCACCCUUUAGUAAAACAUGCAUAAACUUCGAUCUAGGAUCCUGAUUGACCUCAAACCGGUGGCAUUGGAAAUUUAGCUCAAAGCUAUAUCUUAUGUAAAAAGAGGAUCUUAGUCGUACCGUGCUAAGUCUUCCAUCUGGUUCUUACGUGGAUGUAUCUGCGCAGUUCUACAGUUCUACUUCACAUAAAGCUCCAAAAUCUCUAAAGUUGUCCAAAAUGUACCUAAACCUGAAAAGACUCUAAAACAACUCCAAAUACAUAAUAUAAAAUCUAAACAUGACAUAUAUCAUGGUCAAAAACCGAUAAAAACCAUGAUAUAUCACUUGGUCACGUAAUUCUUCUAUUGUAUGUGUGUUGUCUCUCAAUAUUUCUUACAGUAUCUUUGAUAGUUCUUAGGUUUCCCAUGUUAAUGUUGUGCCAAAAAGGGGAGAAAUCACCAUGGUUAAGAAUAAAUAAGAUGAAUUGAUUCCUACUAGAACUAUCACAGGCCAUAGGAUAUGUGUUGAUUAUCGAAAACUAAAUUAUGCAUCUAACUAUUUUUGACAUAUACUCAGGAUUCUUCCAGAUCCUCAUCCACCCAAAUAAUCAAAAUCAGCAACUAACAACUUUGGCAGACGAAACCACAACCUGAAAUCAACAAAAAAAAAUACUCUUAAAGCAUUAACAAACCAAGAAGAGCCCCCAAGGGCGUUCUGAUUUUGUCAGAAUUCGAAUCUGGAGCUCACUCGGAACGCAAGGAAGCUUGUACAACUUCAUAAGAGAAUCUUUAUCCGACUAUGAAUCUGACAUCAAAUUAAUUUGGCGAGGAACAGACAGUCUAUAAGCUCAGUGAGGGUGGUCUAUUUGUAACUUCAGCUCAAGGACGAUGAGCUGUCUUAUUCAAAGCACUCUUCACCUAAAAAAGGAAAGCUUGUCGACAGAAGAAAGGACCGACUUUUCUCCAUAUAGCUUCUAGAGAGUUAAAGAGAUAAACUAGCAACCUCGAUAUUUAUUGUAUAGUGAGCUGAAUUUGAUAAUCAAACAUGCCUCACAUGUAUAACCUCUUUCCAAGUCUAGAUUUACUUUUAAUAUAAACGUGAUUUCUGACCUAUUAUGUGCCUAAUCUACUCAUUAAAAACAUACUUGAACCUCACUCUCAACAAGUGAAGGAAGAUCUCACUUCACCAACAAGAAGUUUGAAAUUUUACUUAAGAAGAAUGGAGUGAAGCAAAAGGUGUCAACACCUUACCACUCUCAAGAAUUGGGCAAGUGGAGAUCUCCAAUAGAGAAAUCAAAUUUACCUUGAAAAAAAAAACAGUGGGUACAACAAGGAAAGAUUGGGAAAUCAAGUUAUAUGAUGCUCUAUGGGCAUAUCGAACUGACUUCAAAACACAUCUCGGGACUACAACAACAAGGAAUGACAGGGAAAUCAAGUUAGAUGAUGCUCAAUGGACUGGAUAAGCCAUCGCCAUGCCCUUUGGGUGGAUCCGUACGGGGCUAUGGCCGAUCGGCCUAAACCGGCUUCGUCCUUCAAAACUUACUUGUAAAUUUCAGCUAUCUCUCGACACAACUAUAAAUGGAGACUUCAUGACUAAGUUUGUGGAAGAUGCAACUCAGAUGAUUGAGAACCUUGCAGCUAGUAAUAACAAUUGUUCAGAUUAUGACAAAUCCAUAAGAUGCAAUACUUCUGAAAGUGCUCAGAUAUUUGAGCUGAAAACAAUGGUAACUCAACUCCUAAAGAAUCAACAGAGCCAGCGCAUACAUGUUAAUUUAUGUGAUGAUGUAGCUGAGAUAUAUGUUGGGAAGGAGUCUUAUGAUCAAGAAAAAAUGAAUUAUAUGGGGUUCCAAAACAUAUGAUUCAAUUCAAACUUUAUAAAUAUUCCUAAGGAGUUUACUAGAAAACCGUAUGUGCAAAAUCCGGCUCACGUUUCUUUUAACCCAUGUUCGAAACUACGCUAGGCGCUAGUCGGGCGGCAAUUUCGGACCUAGCGAGUUACCAAAAAAUCGGGGAUUAAGCGGGGUAUAUGCGGGGACUAAUUUUUAAAUUUUUUUAAUAUUUAAAACUAAAUAUAUAAUGUAAAUAUUCAUUAUAAUGUGAUAAUUUCUAUAUACUGAAAUUUGUAUCAAUAAUUAACAUUAAUAAAAGCUAUUGUUAGAUAUAUAUAUAUAUACAUUAUAAUGUGAUAAUUUCUGUAUAGGGAAUUGUUUUUGUACUUCUAUUAUAUUGAUAUUGGAUAUAUAUUAGCGAAUGCAAAAAAUAACAAAGAAUUUGCUGUCUCCAAGUGGUCCAGUCCCUUGAUAUUUCGCUGGGCAACCUGGGUUCGAUGCCUUGUUAGUGCUCAAUAAUUAUUUUACCUUUGUAAUCUUAAGGUAUCAAAGUCCCACAUUUUUUGCAAAAGAGAAAGGAGCUGAAAUGUGACUAUAUCAUACUCUUCUACAUGGUACGGAAAUGUUAAGGUAUUGGGCUUCACGUAGAGCCCAAUAAUAUCUUCAAAAGUUGAAAUUUUGAGCCGAUUAAUUGUUUUUGGGGCCGAUUAAUCGUUUAUUGGGCCGAUUAAGUGUCUUCCCGAUUUUUUUGUCCGAUAAGGGCAAAAGCGCGGUGGAUAAGGUGAACAUGUUAUUUCCAAGGAAAUCAGAGCAUACAAAGUUGGGGUUUUCAGAAUUUUCUACCAGUUUCACCAGUUCCUCAAGGAAACAAUCUAGUAUCAUGAUGAAAAAAUUUCUAAAGGGUUAAAAGGCUAGAAAGUCAAAGGUGGAUAAGGUGAACAAUGAUCCCAACAACAAAUUUGAUUCAUUGGCCACUCAUGUGAAGCAGAUAAAAAAUCAAAAUGCCCAGAAUGUUGAAGCCAUCAAGUGUGAAGCAUGACGUCUUCCUGGAAAGGUUGUGGUAAACCCAAGAGCUCAAUGUAAUGCUCUCACAAGUGAAAAGGAAAAAGGAGUUGAAAAGUUCACUGAUUCAAAGAAGGAUGUUGAGGAAAGAGGUGAGCACAUCAAGAAUCAUGUUGGGAAGGAGUUUUAUGAUCAAGAAGAAAUGAAUUAUAUGGGGUUCCAAAACAUAUGAUUCAAUCCAAACUUUAUGAAUAUUCUUCAGGAAUUUACUAGAAAAGCGUAUGUGAAAAAUCCGGGUUCAUGCUACUUUUAACAGUGAUUUUCAGGAAAACCCUCCAUGAAAAAUCCAGGAACAUGUUAUUUCCAAGGAAAUCAGAGCGUACAAAGUUGGUGUUUUCGGAAUUUUCUACCAGUUUCACCAGCUCCUCAAGGAAACAAUUUAGUAUCAUGAUGAAACAACUUCUAAAGGGUUAAAAGCUAGAAAUUCCAAUGUGGAUAAGGUGUACAAUCAUCCCAACAACAAAUUUGAUUCAUUGGCCCCCCAUGUGAAGCAGUUGAAGAUUCAAAAUUCCCAGAAUGUUGAAGCCAUCAAGCGGGAAGCAUGAUGUCUUCCUGGAAAGGUUGAGGUAAACCCAAGAGCUCAAUGUAAUACUCUCACAAGUGAAAAGGAAAAAAGAGUUGAAAAGGUCAUUGAUUUGAAGAAGGAUGUUGAGGAAAGAGGUGAGCACAUCAAGAAUCAUGCAUCUCCAUCAUCCUCAUCUUCUCCCAGCAUGUCCAUGUGUCUAGGAUCCCAUGCCUUGUUGUACCACAAAUUCUUAGAGAGCCUAUCAAUGAAAAGAGUCUGGUUGGAUUCUAUAAAAGAGUGAAAAUGAUUCCUCCAAGUAUCUCUUUUGAGAAUGCUUGGGAUCAUUACUAUCUGAUAAUUUUUUCUAGAACACCAGUGAAACAAUGGAAGAGAUUGAGGCAUUGUUUGACAAGGUUAGGAGUGCAUCUUCAGUGGUGAAGAAAAUGCCAAAGUUAGAAUAUCUUGGAAAUUUUGAAGUUCCUUGUUCUAUAUCAGAAGUUUAAUUUUCACUAAUUCCUUUUGUGAUAUUGAGUCUACAGUUAGUCUCGUGUCUAUGAAUAUUACUGAGAGAUUGUAUCUUGCUACAUAAUCUCCUAACCUAACUUUGAAAUUUGCAUACUCCUCCACCAAAUCUCCACAAUGUAUGAUUAACAAUCUCGAUGUGAAAGGAACUGUCUUGUUCCUAUUGACUUUCCGGUUGUGGAGAUGGGAAGUGGUCCCGACAAGCCUUUUUCUAGAAAGAGCUUUUCCAGCUAUAGUAGGUGCAGUAUUUUAUAUGUCUAAGGGCCAAAUCUCAUUUGCGAACAUUGAUGAGAAUGUCUAUAACAAAGUUGAGCCUCAAGACAAAGGUAAGCAUUUAGCCUCAUGCACUAGUAUGACUGGUGAUCUUUUGCAUAUAGUUGUUCCUCAUAGAGAUACAUGUGAUAAGAUUAAUGUCAAGGAAGUCAUGGAUGUAGACAUUAGCAUCAAAUCACAUAAGCUUGGUGGAAAUGCCAAAAAGAAGUUUAAGUGCAAAAGUUUCAAGGGUGAUCAUCACUUUACAUUGAUCCAUCACAGCUAAUAUGAUGGUGUGAUUGAGUGUAAGGUGAAAACCAAAUGAGUCUCACAGUCUUUUGCAAAAUUUUGAGCUAUUAUCAUCUUAGAAUUGAAAAAUAAAACCAUGAUGUUGUGAAGGGUUUCAUGAGCAUUGUUGUAAAGUUUAAGAUAUUGCUUAUUUCUUACACCAAAACAGUGUGAAACAAGUCUUGGUGAGGGUUUUAUUGUUUACUAACGUGUUUGUUCGUUAUGUUUUCUUUUUCUUUAGUUGUUUUAUUGUGUCAAAACUAGUCGGGAACUAUGAGGUUUUCUUGUAACUAACCAUCUAACUAUUGCUUUAAUGACCAUUCUUUCAAUUAUUGAUUGCAGAUGGUACAAAAAAACACCAAAGUGGAUUGAUUUGCCAAUAACAUUCAUGCUUGUGCGGGUGUCUGAAGUAUACCAAACUGACUUCUCACAUAAUCUAAUUGAUUCUCUUGUCUUGGUGGUUGGUAUACACUAGAUCGGAUUCCUCUUUUGCGUCUGAAAAAGCUAGUCUUUGUGAGUAUUGUUUCUCUCUCUCUCUCUCUUUCCUUCAAUAAAAA